CUGUUCGCUUUGCGCAACUUAUACGAGUUCUAUAAGUUGCUGUCAUGUCCUGUUUAACGCCCAGAGUCAUUCGAGCUGCUGUUUGUCUAGUACUGUCGUGUUUCUGAGUUAUAGUGAUGGUCACCACUCGACACAUGGGUGUGCUUGUAGCUGUUGUGUCACUGUUCUUGUGCCUCCAUCACUCUCACUCUGCAGUUCCGCAGCCUGUGGCUGCAGCAACACAGCGCCCUGUUGUGCAGGAUCCUGCUUUUGUGGAUGCUGGCACUCAACCGGGACUCCUCAUCUGGAGAAUAGAAAGAUUUAAUCCUGUAGCAGUUCCUUCAGCCAAACAUGGCCAGUUCUAUGUGGGAGAUUCCUAUCUUGUUCUCAAUACGAAGAACAACAAACGCAGCUGGGACAUUCACACCUGGCAUGGGAACGAGACUUCAAAUGAUGAAUCUGCUACUGCUGCAAUCAAGAUGGUGGAACUGGACAACUUGCUAGGUGGGGGGCCAGUGCAGCAUCGCGAGGAUCAGGGCGAAGAAUCGCGGCUAUUCGUCUCCUACUUUCCUUCUGGUAUUAAGUAUCUACCUGGUGGUGCGCCAAGUGGAUUACGCCGUGUGAGUGCUCCACGUUAAGAAAAGUAUUUUCCAGAUGAUGGCCUGGACUGAUGGACUUCUGAGAAACCAUCAAAAUAUUUUUGUUCUGUGGGUUAAUGAUGUUACUGAUAUUAUCACAGAUAGGCAGUCUGACUGGCUUUGUUACACAGUGAGACAUUCUUUCAUUAUUGAAUAAUAUUUUACCCAUCAAUAUCAGAUCUCUAAAUAUAUGCACUGAGGAAAAUGUCAUGGCUAUAUGUAUGAAUGAAUAUAUGUGGACAGCACUGGAGGGCACAAUUUCUGCUUCAUGUUCAGGGGGUCCCCGGUUAGUCCAUUGAAGUCUUCUUUUUUAAAUGUUAGCCCCCUACUGCCCUUCGAACAUUGUAGCGAGUCCCUACUGUUGCAAUAUUGACUUAUUUUUAGAUAUUCUUUUAUGCUCACUUCUGAUAUGACAGAAACUUUUGUAUAAUAAGGAAAAAUACAUGACAUUCAAGCAAAAUAUUUUUAA